AGAGAAGAGUCUCUCCAGAUCAGAACACCAGAUGGACAACGCUAGCCCUUCCUCCCUCCCGGAGUCCCCGUGUCGUGCCUCUCCCAGUAGCACCUUACUGCUGGGUAUGAAGAGGUUGUCUGUGCUUCUGGUGGACUGCAGGAAAACAACGGGGCUGAGUGUAACUGUGAGAGGAGGAGAAGAGAAGAAAGGAUCAGAUUUGACACAUCAAAGAGAAAAAACAAACCCGGAGGAACCAGGGACAUCCAAACCAGCAAGACAACAACUCUGCUCCCAGAUUGGAAGGAGUUUUACCAAGUUAGGAAGUCUGAAAAGACAUGAGAGGAAACACACAGCAGAGAAGCUAUACCAUUGUGCCCAGUGUGGAAAGAGUUUUAACCACUUAGGAAACAUGAAAUCUCACGAGCGAAUACACACUGGGGAGAAGCCAUACCUUUGCGCCCAGUGCGGAAAGAGUUUUAGCCGCUUAGGACAACGGAUAAAUGUCAUGAGCGAAUACACACAGGGAGAAACCAUACCAUUGCGCCUGGUGUGGAAAGAGUUUUAAGGUGUCAGGAAUGCUGACAACUCAUGAGCGAAUACACACAGGGGAGAAGCCUUUCAAAUGCUCAGACUGUGGGAAGACAUAUUACUCAUCACAGUCACUUAAAAGUCAUGUGAGAAUCCACACAGGAGAGAAGAAUUACUUCUAGUGUGUAC